UUGGCACCGGGAGAUGUAGGGACAGCGGGCACAGAGGGAUGUUGGGACGGGGGCUCCCACACACUGGGACCCACCUCCAAACCACUGGUAGAAACAGAGGUCUCUCACUCUGGGCCCUCCAGCCCACCGCACACCUUCACGGUGAUUCUAGCUCCCCACCUGCCCCGCCCAUCCCACUCCAGCUCCCCCAGCAGAGAGAGGGACAGGCUCCUGGGACUCAAAUGAGGACAUUUGGGCAUACAAUGCCCGCUCUCCCGCGACCGCCCACAAACCCCUUGUCCCCAGCCUCCCUGCUGGCUCCAACUUGCCCUUUCUAACUUCAGCACCUUCCACGACUGAAGUGUGUACAAGGAAGACAGUCAAGCUCUACCUGCGUCCAUUUUCCCUCCUUUGGCGCCUGACAACGAUGAGAAGGAACCCAGGACUCUGAGAGCCCACUUCCUCCCACCUGGCGCCCCCGCAGCGCUCCAAGCCACCUCCCUCCAUCGCAAAGUCCUUCGAGCUUGUCCUUGGAGACCCAGGAGGGAGCCCGGGCCCAGGCCUCCAGAUUCCAGAACCCAUCCUGGAGCAGCCUUGGGGCACCUGAGCGUCAAGGCCCCAUUCCCCCUUCCAGAGAUGAGCUGUCUAGAACAAGGAGAGAACACUUCAUGGCCAUCGCCGGCCAUGACCGCAGGCUCAGAAAGAAGCCAUGAGAAACAGGGGGCCAAGGCCUCGAGGUGGACAAGGCAGGAGACUGUGGCGGAAGGGGAGCUGCCGGGUCUGGGGGAAGAUCCCCAGGCCAAGCCACCUGCUGAGGACGCCGGACUGGAGGCCACGUUCCCCAAGGCCACACGCUUGUCCCAGGCUGCUCCUUUGGCCAAAGUGGGCGCCCCACCAACAGAGUGGGACGUCUUCCCCCCUAACCACGAAGGCUCGGCCGCUGGCUCCAGCACAGACGAGCCGGAGCUGGACAUAGGGUUCCCGGCCACAGCAUCGUGGGGGUAUGAGCUCGGCCUGGUGGAAGAGAGGCCUGCCCUGUGCCCAUCCCCACGGGCCCUGUUACCCAGGCUGGGCUGGGACGACGAACUGCAGAAGCCGGGGGCCCAGAUUUACAUGCACUUCAUGCAGGAGCACACCUGCUACGACGCCAUGGCAACCAGUUCCAAGCUGGUCAUCUUCGACACCACGCUGGAGAUCAAGAAGGCCUUCUUUGCCCUAGUGGCCAACGGCAUCCGGGCGGCACCGCUGUGGGACAGCAAGAAGCAGAGCUUCGUGGGGAUGCUGACCAUCACAGACUUCAUCUUGGUGCUGCAUCGCUAUUACAGAUCCCCGCUGGUCCAGAUCUAUGAGAUUGAAGAACAUAAGAUUGAGACCUGGAGAGAGAUCUACCUUCAAGGCUGCUUCAAGCCUCUGGUCUCCAUUUCUCCCAGCAGCAGUCUGUUCGAAGCCGUCUACACCCUCAUCAAGAACCGGAUCCACCGUCUGCCGGUCCUGGACCCGGUCUCAGGCGCCGUGCUCCACAUCCUCACACACAAGCGACUGCUUAAGUUCCUGCACAUCUUUGGCUCCCUGCUGCCCCAGCCCUCCUUCCUCUCCCGCACCAUCCAAGAUCUGGGCAUCGGCACAUUCCGAGACUUGGCCGUGGUGCUGGACACGGCGCCCAUCCUGACGGCCCUGGACAUCUUUGUGGACCGGCGCGUGUCUGCGCUGCCUGUGGUCAACGAAGCUGGACAAGUCGUGGGCCUCUACUCCCGCUUUGAUGUGAUUCACCUGGCUGCCCAGCAAACCUACAACCACCUGGACAUGAGUGUGGGCGAAGCCCUAAAGCAGAGGACACUGUGUCUGGAAGGAGUCCUUUCCUGCCAGCCCCAUGAGAGCUUGGGGGAAGUCAUCGACCGGAUUGCCCGGGAGCAGGCUUCGCCAGCCCUCUGUCAUUGCCCUUGCCCUGCCUGUGCUCCCAGAAGCCCUCAGGAAUUCCCAGUCCUCCAUGGGAUGAUGAAAUUAAGAACAGCUGAGUCGAGCCUGGAGAUCUAUGAACCAGAGGCACUGAGAUUACCCCAGGGCUGCCUGCUCCAUGCCUACCCAUAUCACUUUCCCCCCCACUGGCCCCAGUGGGGCGGUGAGCCCUCAGCCAGUUGGGUGUAUUCAGGGGCUCUGGAUUCCUCAGCUUCUGGACUACCUGGGAUGCCCUGCUAUUCUUCCACACUACUAAGGGUGGCUCCCCACAACUUGGCCACUGCCCUUCUUCCCCCCCAGCAUUGAAACAGCAACCAUGUGGAGAGCCUGUUGAGUGGGGUCCUCCCUCCAUUCUCAUCCCGAGCACCAGCAAACGGUGUUCUCAGUCCCCAGUGACAGCCUGUGUUUGGAUCACUGAGGAUGAACACUGAGAGAACAAAAAGAAAAAGAACAACCAACCCGUGCACUUAAAUUGUAUAAGCUUCACUCCGAAAACGCUAGUCAUUUGGCCUGAACUUGCAGCAAGAGCCCUGUGCUUUCUGAAUUCAAAGACGCGAGGGAGAAUCUGUAAUUGACAAACGCUACCCCUGGCCUUGCUUUUGUGCAUAGAGUGUUAUUUUCUUUUUUCAUUUUUUAUUUAUAACAAAACCAUAAAGAAGAUGUUAAUUAGUUAA